GAACGAGAGGAGGGAAGCAGUUGGUCUCUCGCCGUCGAGCUGAGUGGUUCGUUUCCAGCUGCACGUGCAAGAAUACGGCAUGAACGGCACAGCUGACAGGCCUGCUGGAUCUCCUAGGAAGGCGCCCCCUGCUCAACUACGGUCCGUGUCGUGGAACGAGGACGUCGGAGACAGUGAACUCGACGUGCCUGGAACACCCCGUACCCCACGCACCUCCACCACCCCAGGCCACGAGAAAUGCACGUUCCACCACGACCUGGAGCUGGACCACCGACCGCCCACCAGAGAGGCUCUUCUGCCAGACAUGUCUCGCGCCUAUCGCCUGUUGCUUUCGUCUCUCGGCGAGAACCCGGACCGGCAGGGACUCCUCAAAACGCCUGAGCGAGCUGCAAAGGCCAUGCUCUUCUUCACCAAAGGGUACGACCAAAGUCUCGAAGAGGUUCUGAACGAUGCUGUGUUUGAUGAGGACCACGACGAGAUGGUAGUGGUGAAGGACAUCGAGAUGUUCUCUAUGUGUGAGCACCAUCUCGUCCCUUUCUACGGGAAAGUUUCCAUCGGCUACUUGCCCACAAAGAAGAUACUGGGUCUCAGUAAGCUGGCCAGAAUUGUGGAGAUUUUCAGCAGAAGACUGCAAGUCCAAGAGCGUCUCACCAAACAGAUUGCCAUCGCAGUCACCAAGGCCGUUCAACCAGCAGGUGUCGCUGUAGUGGUUGAGGGAGUGCACAUGUGCAUGGUGAUGCGAGGAGUUCAGAAGAUUAACAGCAAGACUGUAACUUCCACCAUGUUAGGUGUCUUCAGGGAUGAUCCCAAGACACGUGAAGAGUUCCUGAAUCUGGUCCAUUCCAAGUAGUUUUCAUUCUACACCCUUCAGCCACCACCAAUACUCAUUGAGCCACAAAGUGUGAGGAAUCAGAACACACACUCAGAGGAAAAACUGGGAAAUAGCUUUUCUUAUCCAACAAAACAGCCCAUUAUUGCCUAAUAAUUUGUCAUGUUUGCUGUAUGAAGUUGGACAAGAAAGAAACCAAAUCUUCUCACCCUUUUCUCAAAGACACAAAUCUGUUCAAUUUUUUUAAUAUAUAUUACAUUUCUUUGGCACUGAAUGUGGCAUUUGCUCUAGAAAUGUCACUGCUUAAGAAAAUUAUUACAUCUUACAUGUGGUAUGGAAUUUUUAUGAAAUUUCUACCUUGCCCAUUAAGGUUUCAGAAAAAAAACUCUAGAAAUAUCAAAACAUACUGAUCACCAUUUUCCUCUGAAACAAAUACAAGUGUUGAUCAAGGGUGAUACAGAUUUGUUUUUCGUUGUGUGUUCAAAAGCGAAAUAGUAUAUCCUCACAGAGCCACUACCCCAGUGUCUGCCCUCUUCUAAGACAUCUGCAUUCAAGAGUAUGAGAAACAUACUAGAAGUUCCAUUAAAAUAAUCAUAUAUUUAUUGACCAGAUUUUAUUUGAAGUUUAAAAACUGUAUAAAAUUUAGAGAAACAUUUUGUAAAGGUAAAUUUUUAAUCCGGAUAUGUAAAUUGGAUAUAAUCAUGCAGGUAAUUUGUAGUUACUACAAAUGACAAACAAAGCGAUAUUGAACACUAAAAAUAAUUUAUUAUGUACGGUAUUAUAAUAAAUAUAUCAUAUAACAUACAUCAGAAUCAUUUUAUGUUUUAUAUUUCAUAUACUGUUUAAAAAAUGCUGUUGACAAUGGACCACAGAAAAAUUAAUGAAUGGUAUUAUGAUAUAGAUUAUUACAUUAAUUCAGUCCACAUCAAGCAUUAUUUUAAACCAUUUGAUGACAGGCAUCAUAUAUCCUUAUUAAAACAACAUUCACACAUAAUUAUUGCAGUAAUGUUUUUAUCUCAAAAAAUACAAUCCGUACAAAAUGAAAAGUAGUCCAAACAUAGUUAUCUUCACUGUGAUGGAAGGGAUGAGAUAAAUAUUUCCCCUCUACUUGGGUCUUGUAAAUAUUAUAUUUAUACUUUAUUUCCAGAACAUAUUUUGGUGCUUAAAAAUUAUAUCCAAGAACAAAUCAUGAGCCUGGAAUGUUGUGUACCAGCUCUGAUUAUGUGUUCACACAUUCGUUUCCACGCACAGACUAGGAAUAAACAGUGAUGUCAUCUUCAGAUUUUUUAAAAUUAUUAUUCUUCACAGCUACUAAAGAGAAUGAAGGAUAUUUCUUCCUUCAUUCCAGACCAUCUUUCGUAUUGUGUGAUGUAUAAUUUACUACAACGAUGUUCAUAUGCUUCUGAGGUUUGCGUUACAUGUUCAGUAGUUAGUGUCCAGGUAACAGAGAUUGUUAUUUUAUAAACUGUGCUCUUUAAUGUCAAAACACUAUUAGUUAGUAUUACAAGAUUACUGAUUCUGUUUGCAUUAUAAUUUUUAUUUUUAUGAUGAGAGUUUAUAAAAUACUUUUUCCUUAUUGUUAGUGCCCCAUAUCCUUUUGGCAACUGAAAGUGUUUUAAUCAAGUGUAAUUUAUGAAAUUUAACAAAGACUUGAAGUUAGCAGCAGAUCAGUUGUUGGUGAGGCACUAUGCAUCCAUUUUUCUAAAGGUAAUGCAAAUGGAUAUUAAAUGUACAAUUGUAAUAUGGAUGAGUAUAUGAUUCCUCUUGGUAUUUGCCAUUUAGUAAUCUAAGUACUUUGCCUUCUUCAACAGUUAGUGAAUAAUUGAUCACUGACAUUUAUCUCUACAUCGUUUUAGGUAUGAGAUAAAAUUUGAUAAUCGAGACAUGUCGCGACUUCAGCUUGAAUCGCCGCUAAUUAUAACACUUUUAUGCAUCAGUAGGCUUACAAUGAUGUAAAGAGUGAUGUCUUCAGAGUCAACAAUAAAUUACCAAAAUCAUUAAACAAGUAUCCUCAUGUUGUUGAAAAUAAUCACUCAGUGAGGUUAUGUCAUAAUUUACAUUUCUAUAAUGAAUGGCUAUCAAAUGCAAGAUUUUGCAUAUUAUCCACAUUAGUAGCAAGUUAUUGGCAUGUUUUCUCAUGAAAAGAAGGAAAAAUGGAUGCAAAAAGUUUCACUGUUUAAGUUGUAAAAAAAGAGUUUUAAAAUAAUGGUUUCUUCUCUGGCUACCAGCUGUGUAAAAACCAAUAAUACGGAACUGGGUGAGGUAUACACAGAGCAUGGACAGGACCUCCUACAACUUCUGUACCCUGAAGACGAGGACGAAGGUGGUUUUUGAAACGUUGGUGUUUUCUCCAUUAAACCACCUUACACAGCCGAUAGCCUAAGAAGAAUUUAUUAUAGUAAGUUGCCGUGAAAGCUUCAGAUCAUAUGAGUUUUUAAAAACCUUUCAUCUGCCAAUUUAUCAAGUAUAAAAUCUAGAAUGCUAAAAUUAACUCAGUCAUUGGUUUAUAUUGUGUAAUUUGUUUGAAAGAAUGAAUAUAAUUGUCAUUCUGAUUCAUAUCCUCAAUUUCUGAAUUGUGUGAUUAAUUCUAAUCAAGAGGACCAAUGAUAUUUACAAUUAUGUAUUAUAUAAAGAAAUGGUUCUUAUGAACCAUGGAUAUGUUUACAACACCACAACUUAUUUUGUUAUGAUGUAUAAAUAAAUGAAAUAUAUAUAUAUCUUUUA